AUGUGUCAGGGCUUUGUGAAAGCUGGCGAUCUGAACUCUCGCUUUUUCCAGAACCUUCAGAGACAUGAUUCAGAGCAAUCUCCAGAAUUGGCAAGGAAAGUCAAUGCAGGAAAUGCCACGGCGUUUGAGAAUCUUUCAACUGUUCUUGAUGAGAAUGAAGAUCAUCUGCUUGACCCAUCACUCAAAACUGAAACUACUCAGCACCUGGAAAUCCUUGGAAAGUACGAAUUUCUUGAUCUCAAGAAUGAUUCUGCUGCCAAAGAUCUCUUUGCGAAGAAACAUCUCGACUGUGUUCCCUGGUGCUCAAUGUAUCAAUCAUAUCCAAAAGUUACUGAGAUUGCACUUCGAGUCCUCUUGCCUUUUUCAACUACCUAUUUAUGCGAAUCUGUUUUCUCCACCCUUCUACAUGUAAAGAGUAAAGCUGAAACUGACUGGAUGGACCUGGACAUGGAGAUGUGCAUUGAAGUUAAGGAGGAAGUGAAGGAGGAAGAUAAAGAGGAAGUCAAGGAGGAAGCUAAAGAUGAAGUCAAGGAGGAAGUUAAAGAGGAAGUCAAGGAGGAAGUCAAAGAUGAAGUCAAGGAGGAAGUUAAAGAGGAAGUCAAGGAGGAAGUUAAAGAGGAAGUCAAAGAGGAAGUCAAGGAGGAAGCUAAAGAUGAAGUCAAGGAGGAAGUUAAAGAGGAAGUCAAGGAGGAAGUCAAAGAUGAAGUCAAGGAGGAAGUUAAAGAGGAAGUCAAGGAGGAAGUUAAAGAGGAAGUCAAAGAGGAAGUUAAGGAGGAAUGGAAGGAGGAAGAUAAUGAGGAAGUCAAGGAGGAAGUUAAAGAGGAAGUCAAGAAGGAAGUUAAAGACGAAGUCAAUGAGUAA